AUGGCCUGCAGCUUAGGCAUGGUGAUGAGUGCCUUGUUUUGGUCUGUAGCCAUUGUAUAUUUGACUCAUAUUGGCAGAGUCAGUGGAGACUGCUGGUUAAUUGAGGGUGAAAAGGGCUUUGUAUGGCUCGCAAUUUGUAGUCAAAACCAGCCACCUUAUGAGGCCAUCCCACAGCAUAUCAACAGCACCAUUGUGGACCUUCGACUGAAUGAAAACAAAAUCAAAAGUAUCCACUAUUCUGCCCUUAGCCGCUUUGCCAACUUGACCUACCUGAACCUGACCAAGAAUGAAAUCUCCUACAUAGAAGAUGGGGCCUUUUCUGCUCAGUUUAACUUGCAAGUCCUUCAAAUGGGCUUCAACAAGUUGCGGAACUUGACAGAGGGGAUCCUCAGGGGUUUAGGAAAGCUGCAGUACCUCUACCUCCAGGCAAACCUGAUUGAGACUGUGACACCUAAUGCCUUUUGGGAAUGCCCCAACUUAGAGAAUAUUGACCUCUCCAUGAACCGAAUCCAGCAGUUAGAUGGGUCUACGUUUGCCAGUUUAACUAAACUCACCACCUGUGAGUUGUACACAAACCCCUUCAACUGCUCAUGUGAAUUACUUGGUUUUGUCAAAUGGCUCUCAGUUUUCCCAAACAGGACAAAUGAACGAAUGGUUUGCGACUCCCCACCCGGGGUCUCUGGUUAUAGCUUACUGAGCCAGAUUCCUAACAAUCCAAACUAUCGAAAUGCACUGUACAUGCUUACCAAAGUGUGUACUGAUGAAUAUGUAACACCAUUUAUAACUGUGCCCAUUGAGUCAACAACACUACCACCAGACUCAACACUUUGUGGAGUGGAAGACUGUCCAUCAGGCACAGAACCAGAAGACACUACCAUCAGUACACCUGAAAAUGAUGUUCAGGGAACCCCUCUGAUGAAAGUGAAGCAAGUAACACACACAGGUGCUAUCAUCACAGUUCAGAUUCCUCAUCCCUAUAAGAAGAUGUACAUCUUGGUUCUUUAUAACAACAGUUUUUUCACAGACAUUCAAAACCUGAAAGAUAUAAAAGAGGACAUUGAAUUAAAAAACCUUAAACCCCACACCAACUACACAUAUUGUGUUGCUUCAAUACGCAAUUCUCUUAGACACAACCAUACAUGUCUGACAGUCUCUACUGGCCUUCGAAAUGGAAAGGAUGUAAGUGUGAAACCUCCGACUGCUACUCACUACAUUAUGACAAUUUUGGGCUGCCUAUUCAGCAUGGUUAUAUUUCUUGGAGUUGUGUACUAUUGCUUGCGAAGAAAGCGCCAACAAGAUGAAAAGCACAAAAAAGCAGGAAGUUUAAAGAAAAACAUAAUGGAACUUAAAUAUGGACAAGAGCUUGAGGGUGGGACUAUAUCUCGAAUGUCGCAGAAGCAGUUGUUGGCGGGAGAGAGCAUGGCACGUAUGCCAUACUUACCAUCUGCAAGUGAAAUGGAGCAAUACAAAUUCCAAGAGAUAAGUGAUACUCCUAAGAUGAUGAAAGGAAAUUACAUGGAGGUGCGAAGUGUGGAUCACCAUGACCGCCGGGAGUGUGAUAUGGGAAUGGCUGGGAAUAGUCAGGGAUCAGUGGCAGAAAUUUCCACAAUUGCAAAAGAGGUGGAUAAAGUCAAUCAGAUAAUAAACAACUGCAUAGAUGCUUUAAAGUCAGAAUCCACCUCUUUUCAAGGAGUGAAAUCUGGAGCAGUAUCCACUGCAGAGCCCCAGCUUGUACUAAUAUCAGAACACCCACAGAAUAAAUCUGGCCUUCUGUCUCCAGUGUAUAAGGACAGCUACCAUCACUCUCUGCAGAGACAUCGGUCUUCUGAUGUCUCUCCAAAGAGGCCCAGUACAGCCACAGGAGGACCCAUGAGAAGCCCCAGGCCUUAUCGCUCUGAAUCCAAGUAUAUAGAGAAAACCUCCCCAACAGGAGAGACCAUCCUCACUGUAACACCUGCUGCUGCCAUCCUGAGGGCCGAGGCAGAAAAGAUCCGUCAGUACAGCGCCCACCGACACUCCUAUCCCGACGCUCAGAUAGAGGAGCUCGAAGGACCUGACAGCCACAAGUCCUCCAUGUUGGAGCCUCUCACUCACUCCCGCUCCAGAGACUUAGCAUAUUCGCAGAUGUCCUCUCAGUACCACAAUCUAAGCUAUUCCUCCAGUCCUGAAUACUACUGCAAACCUUCACAUAGCAUCUGGGAGCGUUUCAAACUCCAUCGGAAACGGCAUAAAGAUGAGGAGUACAUGGCUGCAGGGCAUGCACUGCGUAAGAAAGUCCAGUUUGCAAAGGAUGAGGACCUCCAUGAUAUUUUAGACUACUGGAAAGGCGUAUCAUCCCAACAUAAAUCCUAA